GGGAGCGAGAUCUGAUCGCUUGCGAUGGUGAUGUUGAGCUGUGGAGGCGGUCGUCGUCGGCACUCAUCGGUCUCAACUGUUCCAGCGCUUCGAACUUGUCCCGCUGAAUCGAACGUACCCUUGGUUCCGGCUUUGGGAGGCAUGGCGUUGUCGUUAUCGGGUCGUGAAUGAAGAGCCGAAUGUCGCGGUUGAAAGAUUGGAGGUUGGAGUUGCGUCGCUCAGAAUUUCGGUGCGCUCGCUUAGCGCUCCCAACAUGGUUUAGCGUAACUGCGACUUCGAAAGUCUCCAGGGCUCGGCAUCAGCCAUUCGAACUACAAGAGGUGAAGGGAAUUCCAGCAAAACCAUUGGAAAAUGGCCAUUAAAAGGCGUCCGAAGAGGCUUGCGCAUGGAAGGCCUCCGGCCGCAAAGCGUGAAAAGGAGCACAUGAGCUCAAAGCAAACCAGGACCAUUAUUCGCACUCAUCACCGCCUUCAAAAGGAACUUGCCGCUGCCUUGAGAAGCGGAGACAUAAGAUUGGCCGAUGAAAUUAAUACAAAAAUUGAGAAAAAUGGCGGACUGAAAGUUUACCAAGCAGCGAGCAAACUGGGUCAAUCAAAGAGUCGAGGAGGGGAUUCAAGCAAGGUAUUGGUGGAGUGGUUGAAGAAGGCGGAGAUCAUUGGGGCGAAGGAGGAUGCAUCCUCUGCACCGUAUCGUCUGUUGGAGGUUGGCGCGCUGUCUACCGAGAAUGAGAUUUCAAAGUAUCCCCGGACUAUCCAUGUCAAAAGGAUCGACUUGAAUAGUCAAGGCCCGGGCAUCCAGCAACAAGACUUCAUGGAACGGCCUCUGCCAGCAUCGGACGACGACAAGUUCGAUAUCAUCUCCCUUUCCCUGGUCUUAAACUAUGUUCCUGAGCCAGUUGGGCGGGGCGAGAUGCUUAAACGGAUAGGCAGUUUUCUGCGACAGCCGCAUAACAGACGAAGCUCCAUGCUCCCUGCAUUGUUCCUCGUUCUUCCGCUUCCGUGUGUUGCAAAUUCUCGAUACCUGGACGAAGACGCAUUACUACGAAUGAUGAGGAAUCUUGGCUUCAUUCUCGAGGAAAAGAAGAAUACACUGAAAUUAUGUCACUACCUGUUCUCCUGGACCGGGAAGAGUGACAACAAAAGGGCCCAAAAGAAGCUCAUACGAGAUGGCCCAGGAAUGAAUAACUUCUGCAUCGUCAUCGAGUGAAACAGAAAGGUUCGUCACUGUCUUGCGGC